AUGUCUCAUGAAUUCGUCCAAUUCGUUGCAGAAGACACCGUCACUGGUGAGCGAAGGCGACUCAUUGCGGACAGACAGGAGACGGGGGAUUGGGUCUCGAUUACACCCAACCCCAACGACCCGAUCGAGAUGAGCACCACCUUUGCUGGUCUAGGGUCUGGCUCGUGGUCGAAGUCGACGCCGUACAAGGACCGGCACACGCUGCCCUUACCUUUGGUCUCACUGGUCUUUCAACACAGCAAUUCCGAGACGGAUCCGCGGCCCACUUUGAGAUCCAUCGCGGAGCUGAUUGCAGACGUGAGCAGCAGGUGCCAGGAGUAUAAUCCGCUGCGUGAACACUGUUGGUGGUUCUCCGAGGCGGUCAUCGAAGGAGCCCAGGAAAGGUACGAAACCGGCGUUUUGAAAGAGUGGGAUUGGGCCAAGUAUCGGUACAGCUUUGUGGUCUGCAAUAAGUGGAUACGGCGCAAAGUCCUUGAGAAGGCUGCACGACUGUUCGAGGAGCAGUGUCUCGAGGAGUUCGCCUAUUGA